AUGGACAGCACCAGCAUCACGGGCGCCGACGCGCACUCGCAGCCUCCGCACACGCCGGCCAAGAAGGCGCGGCGGGGGAAGAGGCCUGACACGGCCGACGACAGCAACAAGAAGCGCCGCUGCAUCUCCAGCGCCUGCGUGCCCUGCAGGAAGCGCAAGUCCAAGUGCGACGGGACCACGCCCGCCUGCUCCGCCUGCGCCGCCGUCUACAUCACCGAGUGCAUCUACGACCCCAACUCGGACCACCGCCGCAAGGGCGUCUACAAAAAGGACAUCGACAGCCUGAAGAGCAACAACUCGACGCUGCAGACGCUGAUCCAGGCCAUCCUCAACUACCCCGAGGAGGACGUCGCCGACCUCGUGCAGCAGAUACGCACGUGCGAGAGCCUGGACACGGUCGCCGACGCCAUCGUCGCAAAGGAGAACGGCGACGACGACGACGAUGAGCACGUCAGCCCCUUCUCGACGCCCGCCCUGCUGCCCUCGCAGCCGACCUUCGAGAGCCACCUGAGCGGGAAGAUGGGCGAGCUGCGGCUCGAGGACGGCUCGACGCGCUACAUCGGCGGCACCUCGCAUCUCAUAUACCUGGGCAAGGGCGAGGAGACGGCCGAGUCGCCAGACGCCUACGCAGACGACCAGUACGAGCCCAUGGAGGACCCCUUCUGUUCCUGGACGACCGUCACCUCGGACCCGGAGCUCGUGCAGCACCUGAUCAGCAUGUACUUUUGCUGGCACUACAGCUUCUUCACGACCCUGUCCAAGAACCUGUUCCUCCAGCAGUUCAGAAUGGGCAAGCCCCGCCCAGGCUCAGGGCCAAAGACCCCCUACUGCACGCCGCUGCUGGUCAACUCCAUGCUGGCUCUGGGCUGCCAUUUCACAUCAUGGCCAGCUGCACGGGCUGUGCGCGACGACUCGGCCACAGCGGGAGACCACUUCUUCAAAGAGGCCAAGCGGCUCAUCAUGGAAGGCGACUUGCACGAAGUCCCCUCUCUGGCAACAGUGCAGGCUCUCGCGCUGAUGUCUGUACGAGAGGCUGGCUGUGGAAGAGAAGCCAAGGGGUGGGUGUACAGCGGCAUGUCCUUCCGGAUGGCCUGCGAUCUGGGCCUCAAUCUCGGUAUGCAUAGCAACGACGCCAUCGACGAGAAUGAGGAAGAUGCGCGAAGCAUUACUUUCUGGGGCUGCUUCCUAUUCGACAAGUGCUGGAGCAACUACCUCGGGCGUUUACCGCAGCUGCCAAAUACCAUCAUCACGGUACCCAAGUUUGAGGUCUUUCCAGGCGAGGAUGCCGAGACGUGGAGUGCAAUCACCGACUCUGGAGUCAGCCAGGCACAUUCGCAACCAAGCAGGACGCGCGCCGUUGCCCUCCAGAUUUCGAAACUGUGCGAGAUCUCUAGUGAUCUGAUGAACUCGUUCUACAAUCCCAUCGAUAUGGACAAGGCGAAGGGGAAGCAGGCUGAGCUGAAGAAGCUUAGUGAGAUCCACGUGCGAUUGGAGACUUGGAGGAGAGAGUUGCCCAAGGAGUUAGAGCCCAAGGAGGGAGGGCUGCCGCACAUGCUCGUCAUGCACAUGUUUUUCCAACUACUCUACAUCCAUCUCUUCCGGCCAUUCCUCAAGUACAACCCGAAUAACUCACCGCUCCCUGCAAAUGUUUCUCCUCGGAAGCACUGCACACAAGCCGCUGCGAUGAUCUCAAAGCUACUCCGACUGUACAAGCGAUCACACGGGAUGCGGCAGAUCUGCAAUAUCUGUGUGUACAUCGCCCACUCGGCAUGUACCAUACAUCUUCUCAACCUCCCUGAGAAGAACGCCAAACGAGAUAUCAUUCACGGUGUGAAGCAUCUCGAGGAAAUCGCUGAAGGCUGGAUCUGCGCCCGACGCACUUUAGGUACUAUGAGCAUUCUUGCCAAGCGCUGGAAAGUCGAACUCCCCGAAGAAGCUGCCGCUGUUCUCGCUCGAACGGAGGUUAAAUUUGGACCAUGGAACGAAGUCAGCACACCAAGAGCAACUCACCAAGAGCCAGUGCCGAUCAAAGAACAGCAACUAUCGUCGACUCAAACAUCUCCAGCCCUCCAGUCUUACAGCAUCGCCAUUCCAAAUGCAACAUCACCACAAUACUUCAACAUGACGGCGAACAUCAACAACACUUCCGUAAGCAUAGAACCCUUCGCCCGUUCAUCCGGCAUACACUCCCGACCACCUUCCGCCGCAAAUGCACUCGCUUACCCACGCAUCCAGCGCCACCCGCACGAUCCUCUUAAUCAACAGACGCCGGCACACACACCUCAAGGAACAGGCCACAACCCAGCAACGCCAGCAUCCACACAAGCCAGGCAUUCCAUAGACGGUCAAAGCACUGCUGGUAACUCGCCAAGCCAGUUCUUCGGGGGGGUAGACCAGUUGAUACGAGAGGGUCAAGACUGGAUAUUCAGAGACCAGACUCAGCUUGCCGAUGGCUUCGACAACUGGAACACCAAUUACGAGGACAUUGCGUCCUGGUUCGCCAGCACGGGGUCACCGGUUAAUGGGUUUACCGCGGUACCUAAUUCGGCGAGAGCUCCGAAUAUGAACGGUGGGCCUGUAGGUGGACCUCCAGCGCCCAACGGGUAUGGGAAUGGGAGUGUGAACGGAGCAGGUGCACUGAAUGGCAUGGGCAUGCAGGGUUUCACGUAUGAUGAACGCAGUUGGUACGAUUAUCAGUGA